CAGGAGCCUCUGGCAUCUUCUUCAAAUGGCGAAGAGGAAUAGAGGUUCCUGUGACUCCCAGUUGUGCUGCUGCAGUUUAGAAGGGGUGGCUACUCUCUGAUCUCUUGUGUGGUCAGUACCAAAUUAGAGAACAGGAACAAGCAGAACUGGUUUCUGAUGUACUUCUCGGAGGCUUUUCAAUAAUAUUUUCUCCCAGUGUGUGUGUGUAAACAACAAAAGUACAGCUUGAUUUCUGUGAAAUAUUUUCAGGGCGGAGGUCUGAAUCUGUGUGUAAAGCACAGCCUUAAUGUUUCCUUCUUAAUCUCACAAGAAUUGGCCAUCUUAAUUUUUGCAUAGUUAGUUUCUAUGAAACUUCCUUAGAUGUUGACCAAAUGGUAAUGCAUCAGCCUUUUUUUCACAAAUAUGGUUCUCCUAUAGAUAGGGGCUUUUUGUCUCCAGUUGAAACAUGGCUGUGACCUAAAUUUUCACCAUUUUUUUGAUGGAGCUAUCCAAUUUAAUACUACAAAGAAUCUGUGUACUUCAUUUGAUUACAGCCACUAAAGCACUAAAUCAACCUUAGCUCAGUCCUGCAUGCAUGUAUUUGAGCAGCUUUAUUCAGCCAAGUAAUUCCAUCAGAAGGAAUGGAACUCCCUGCAUGAGUAAAUGUAUUGACAUCUGUCUCCAGGAUCAGGCCACAAGUUAAUGCAGUAAUAAUUAGAAAUGACAGGAUCAAACUACAACAGACAAAAUGGAAGAUGAAUACAGAACACCACUUCCAUGCAGCAGAGGGGUUUAUCAUUUUGUGGAAUUGCCUCCCCAGGAGAGAAGUGAAGAUCCUGUUGCUUGAAACCUGCUUAAAAUGAAAUCACAUGAUGGGCUUUGUAAGAAUGAAUGUGUGGUUGGGCUAAAGGUCAGAAAUGCAAGUUAAAAGAUACCAAGAGUUUUGUUUCUAUCUGUCCCAAUAACUCUGUGUGACUUCAGGUGAGCCAUGCUUCCUCUUUUACAGGUAGGGGAACUUGGGCACAAAGUGGCUCAAGUCACUUUCAGGCAGUGGUAUUGUGAGAAGAAAAUGGGCCAUACCUAGAAGCACCUUGGAACCCUGUGGGUGAUGUCAGUGCAGGAGUACCUCAAGCCUUGGGGAAUGGCCUAGUUGAGACCUAAAGAACUAAGGUUUGAGGUGGAUCUGUAUCAAAAUGAGUCAGCCUGUCAGUCUCCCCUGGAUCGGCAGUAUCACCAGGAGAUCCUGAAGCUGGAGAAGACAGGAGGCCGGAAAAACUACCGCAUCUUCACCUACACAGACCAUGACCGAUUCACCAACCUGGAGGAGCACUGUCAGAAAAUGACCAACUCAGACUAUGAGGUGACAUCACAUCUGGCAGAAAGGAUGGCCAAUGUGAGGAGGAGAAGACAGGACCGCAGGCCUAUGGAGGGGAGCACUCUGAAGUCACGAAUCAUCACCUGGGAGCCCUCGGAAGAAUUUAUUAAGAAUAACCAUGUCAUCAACACCCCUGUUCAGACCAUGUAUAUUAUGGCAGACUUGGGAGCGUAUGGAAAGCUUGGCCGCAGGGAGUAUGAACAUGUUCUUUGCACAAUCAAGGUGGACAGCAAUGGGGUGAUCACAGUGAAGCCAGAUUUCACAGGCACCAAAGGUGCUUACAGGAUUGAGCUGGAUGGUGAGAAGCGAGAGCUGUGGAAAUACACCAUUGAGAAUGCCUCACCCCAGGUGAAGCAAGAGGAAGAGGAACGGGAGCAGCAUGUGUUCAAAGAUUUGUAUAGUCGUCACAAGGAGUAUCUUAGUGGUCUUGUUGGCUCAGAAUUUGAGAUGACGAUCCCUGGUACACUCCGACUCUUUGUGAAUGGAGAGAUAGUUUCAGCCCAAGGAUAUGAAUAUGACAAUCUCUACGUUCAUUUCUUCUUGGAACUGCCUGCUCAUUGGUCGAGCCCAGCAUUCCAGCAGCUCUCCGGGGUGACACAGACAUGUGCUACCAAGGAGCUAGGCGGGGAUGAGGUGGCUUACUUCUCGUACCCAUUCACCCUGGAGAUGUUUUUUACACAAGAAGAUGAAUCAGAAGGCUCUCUCCCACAGUGGCCUGUGCUCUACUUUGAGGUUCUAUCGCUGGAUUUCUGGCAGAGGUACCGUGUUGAAGGCUACGGCUCCGUAAUACUGCCAUCAGCUCCAGGGUUCCACACCCUGACAGUCCCCACCUGGCGACCUGUGGAGCUGGGGACAGUCUCUGAGCUGAAGAGGUUUUUCAUUGGUGGUUCCCCUGAACUGGAGGACAUGACUUAUGUUAGGGUGCCAACAACCUUCAAGGGAGAGCGUCUGAGCCGCUUUGGCUUCCGUACAGAGACAACAGGGAGUGUCACUUUCCGGCUUCACUGCUUGCAACAAUCCAAGGCCUUCUUAGAGUCCAGUGCUCAGAGGACGCGCAUGCAGAGUGUGCUGGACCGGUUGGGAGGCUUCAGCCAGCAGAACUCUUUCUACACUGUCCUCGAGGCAUUCCAGAAGGCACGGCGACGGAUGCAGGAAGCACGCGAGAGCCUUCCCCAGGACCUGAUCAGCACCUCUGCCUCCACUGUGCACCAGCCAUGACUAUCUUGCUACUCUACUGGACUGAAGCCUAGCAAAACUUCCCUCUGCUAGAACUACCUCUUAUAUGACACAUGUUGAUAGUGGCAUAAAUGGCAAGGAUGUUACACAUGCAUCCAGUUUAAGGAGCCAUAAAAUGGUAAACCAGCCAUAAAGGUGUAGAACAUUUUCUGGCUGGUUUGUAUGGCACCUUAAAUUGAAUGUAUGUCAGAUCCAGCCCCAGGACCAACAAGCAGCUGGUUAUCAGCUCCAGCCCAGUCCCAGACUUGUGGGUAUCUGGCUUUCAACUUGCUGGUACUGGGGAAGUCUUGGAUCAUGAACCCUGGCAAGUAAAAAGGGCACAAUUAGGGUAUGACGGGGCAUGACAGGAGGUGCAAUUGUUGGGAUUCGGGAUCAGCUCCCGUGGUGUCAUUAACUAAAUGUGUGUCAGUGUCCAUAGUCUCAUCUCCUGCCCUUUAAAACUUUACAACUACUUCCUGCUGCAUUUCUCUGGGGGAAAGGAGACUGUAGGGUGCCCACCCCCUAAAUUUUUCCCUUGUAUAAGUACUGGCAUAAGUAGAGGGAGCAAUUUCCCUUUCAGCUGACUACUUUAAAAUUCCAUUUGAUGCUCCACGUUAGAGUCAAAACCAUGACAUGUCUUGGAGCUGGAUGUAUACAGCUGUGCCUGGGACCCUGUUUGGGAGGGUAAUGAGUUGCCAGGCUGGCCUUGGUGCUAAUGUCCAGAUACAUCUGUUUAGAGUAUUCCGUACAUGGUUUGAUACAAGGUGAAGCUCUCAUGCUGAUCAUGGGAGAGAUUCAGGAAGCAUCCAAAAGCUGAGGAUGGACCUCAGGCCUUAAGCCCUGGAGAUAGUAGCCCCCUUCUUUCUUGGGAGUGGUGUCCAAGGGAGGUUUUUCAUAGAACCCAGGGCAGGCUUUACUCUGCUUCCUGUGACCCUCCCACCAGCAGCUCCUUUCUGCUAGCCCGUCAUCAAAAGCCAUCAGUGCAAAGCAAGCUUGGAGCAUGGGCUCAUCUAAGAGUGUCAGUAUUGCAUCAAAAAGUGUGAGCACAUACACAUUAUGCUGCAAGUCCUGCACUGAUUAAACUCAGUCAUUCCAUGAUCUGCCUGCUGCGGAUGCACAGCAGGGCAGUGAUGGAAGGUUAACAAAGAUGCAGGGUGAGGAUUCUAACUCAGAUGGUUCAGACAACACCUUAGCAGUUUUAUUGCCUUAGCAGUUUUAUUGCAUGAGUAGAUGGCAGUUCUCUUUGCCAUGAAAACUCACUUUUGGUCACAGUUGGAGCUUUGUUACCAAAAGCUUUUCAAAAUCUUUGCUGGAUUUUUGGCAAUUGGCAAAUCUCAGCUACAUUAGUAACUGACACAUUCUCUCUCCUGUAAGAAGGUGGUUGGAGGUUGUGGGAUGGCGCUACUGCAGAUUUGUGUAAUAAAGUAUGUAGGACCUGGACAAAGGACUGUUACUGUUAACAAUCAGCCUAUGUAGAAGUUGGGUCAUCACUAAAACUGAUUGUCUCUA